UGUUUGUUAUACAUAGUUUGUACAUUAUUUUCGUAUUAGAAUGUUAUUUUGGUGAAAUGACUUAUACAAAUGAAUUUAAGUCUAGUCGCAUAUCGGAACGGAAUAUUAAAGGAAAACAUUUAAAAGGUUUGGUAAGGGAUAAAAUUUAUUUGGGAUCCGAUGUUAAGAUCCCUUGUUUCAUUGCAAAUAGCAUGGCAAAACGUCUUGGAGCCAGCAAUUUCUUAUGGGAACGCGCAUUAAAGAAGCAAGUUUUGAAUGGGAAACGAUUCAGUGUAGAUAAACAUGGUGUAUUAACUAUUAGAAAAGCAUCGAUUGAAGAUGCUGGAUUGUAUUUUUGCAAGGCACAAACGAACUCUGGCUUUAUAAAGGUGAACCACAUAUUCAUAGUGAAGCAACUUCCUUCUGCUAGAGUGCAUGUUAUUUUCGUUUAUGCAAUUAAAGAUUGUAAAGAAGAAAAUGAAGCCAUUACUAAAAUCUUCGUCCAGUCCAAAAUAAGAGGCAAAGUUUGCAUCACAAGGAAAUGCAAAAUUGGCAAUAUUGUCAGCAACUGCCAUUUUGCUGAGCCUGCCCGAGCUUCUCUGCGAGUAACAGUACCUGUUAUUAUACCAGCAAUACCGAACGCUGUCUGCGAAGCUGAUUGUUCUGUGGAAAAAGUAAAAGAGGACAAAGAUAGAGUAACGAGACAGAUAGUCGGUGCUGUUAUGUCAGGAAGUGGUUUGAAGCUUUCAGAGAAAGCUGAAGAGGUCGUUUCUUAUUACGAAACUGAUGAAGAUAUGAUAUGUGAUCCUGGAUUCGAGAAGAAAGAUUCAGAGUCGAAACUUCUUUGUGUUCCCUGUGAACCAGGCCAUUUCUUAGAUAAAGGAUACUGCAUUCCUUGCCGUUUGAACGAAUACACAGAACACUACGCGGCGGCAGAAUGUAAACAUUGUGGUGAGGGUUUCAAAACCAAAUCUAGAGGAGCCAAAUCAAAGGAAGAAUGUUAUAUUGGUCUGGAUCCAAAAACAGCUAUGGUACUCUUCAUAAUAUCUUUGUUUACUGUUAUGUUAGUUCUGACAUGUUGCAUUUGGUGUAUUAGAAAAUAUGCUGGAAAUUCCGUUUUAGGAAUUUGUUUGGACUUCUGCUGCAACUUGCUGCUAUGCAAUUUUACAUCUUCAAAAUUACCGAAACUUUCAGAAGGUUCGUACUCCAGAGGAACAAAGGACAAUGAGAGUAGUGAAGAAUCAGUCCAGUCGGAAUCCGCCUCAAGUCAUACAAGCUCUACCUAUACAUUCAAAGAUGGUCAAGAUGCAGGUUUUAAAGAAGUGCGAGCUCCAUGGAACAAAUCUAGCAAAAUCCCUCGAGCCCCAGUGAUGCCCACGGAUUCUAUGAUGAAAAGUGCAACAAGGAACUCGAGACCAUCUGCUUUUAAAAACAAAACUCUUCAGAAAUUUAAAACGAAUCUAGACGUAUGAGAUGUAAAUUUGCAAAGUAUUAAAUAAUUAACUUGAAACUAA